AUGGCCACUAAACAAAAUUAUUUAAAAGUUUUGACUUUUGAGAACGGGUAUCCGAGUCCGACUAUCCGCCACCUCUUCGAGAGCUCACUCCUACAAAACCACCUCAAGCUCAAUUCCUCUCCCUCCGCGGCUCCGCCCUUCAGUGCCGCCGUAUCAAUGCAACAAAUGCUCAAUUGCUUCCUCUGCCCUUACCAUAGGAAGCUUAAGAUUGGAUUUCGAGCGAAACCUAAAAAUUUCGGCUUCUUCGCCGCAAACGCCGGUGACGGCGAUGAGAGGCGCCGAAACCGAUGCGAUGGGGCUGUUGUUGAUGGAAAGGAUUGUGAUCCUACUAAAGAUAUCGGGUUUUUUUUUUGUGAAUUCCACCGCGCUUCAAUGGCAAUCUACGAUGUUUUGAAGCUUGUUAGGGCUGACGUUUCAACAAUUCUUCUUUUUCUAAUUCCAUUUUAA